CAGCGCUCUGCCUAGUGCGGCAAGAACCGGUUGUUUUUCCCGAGGCCACGGCCCGCUACGCCCCUCAGCUGGCCAUGGGGCUUCUGGAGCUGUGCGAGGAAGCGUUCGGCACCUCAGACCUUUACCGAGUACUGGGCGUGCGGCGUGAGGCCUCUGACGGCGAGAUUCGGCGCGGCUACCACAAGGUGUCCCUGCAGGUGCAUCCGGACCGGGUGGACGAGGGAGACAAGGAGGAUGCCACUCGCCGCUUCCAGAUUCUCGGAAAAGUCUAUUCGGUUCUGAGUGACAAAGAACAGAGAGCCGUGUACGAUGAGCAGGGAAUAGUGAACGAAGACUCCGAUGUGCUCAACGAGGAUCGGGACUGGGAAGCGUAUUGGAGGUUACUCUUUAAGAAGAUAUCUCUAGAGGAUAUUCAAGCUUUUGAAAAAACAUACAAAGGUUCUGAAGAAGAGCUAAACGAUAUUAAACAGGCCUAUCUGGACUUCAAGGGUGACAUGGAUCAGAUCAUGGAAUCUGUACUGUGUGUGCAGUAUACAGAUGAACCCAGGAUAAGGAACAUUAUUCAGCAAGCCAUUGAUGCCAGAGAGAUUCCAUCCUUUAAAGCCUUUGUCAAAGAAUCAAAACAAAAGAUGAAUGCAAGGAAAAGGAGGGCUCAGGAAGAGGCUAAAGAAGCUGAAAUGAGCAGGAAGGAGUUGGGGCUUGAUGAAGGAAUAGAUAACUUGAAAGCAGUCAUUCAGAGUAGACAAAAGGAUCGGCAAAAGGAAAUGGACAGUUUUCUGGCUCAGAUGGAAGCAAAGUACUGCAAACCUUCCAAACGAGGAGGGAAAAAAACAACUCUCAAGAAAGAAAAGAAAUAAUGGAAUUUUUCUUCAAAAGUCUUUAGGUGUUAAUUGUAGCACUGUAGACAAGGUACAGUCAAAAUUUGAAGACAGAAGUCAACCCAACCCUUGAGAAAAGUCUUUUUCUAGCCUAAAUUAUUUAAAUUGACUAUAAACCAAGCAGAAUCUUUCAACUUGAUUUUAGUAUGUCCUAGAAAUUCCCUGACAUUCUAUGAGGUCUUCAGAUGAAAGAAUUCAGUGGUGAUAGUUGGGGGAAGGGAACAGGUGGAAUAUGACCUGACAGCACUUGCUUCUGUGGACCUGUUCUACAAUGAUCUCUAUUUAGAAUGUAGGUCUGUCCAUACUGCCUUUAGCAGUUGUCAUUUUGCCAUACAGGAGGAAGCCACAAAAUAUUCAUAGUAAUGUGCAUGCUUACUGGGAAAAAAAUUUACCUAAUUAGAAGGCCUUCAAUGAAAAGGUGGACAUCUAACAAAUACUAGCCUCUUUUCUUUCCACCUAAUGGUUUUGAAUAGACCUUCUCUCUAUGUUUUACUUAAACCAAGUUUUGUACUCUCUGCUUAAAUAUCAAAGAAGUGCUUAGUAUUACUUCAAGUGUCUUUUUAAGAAUUAUACUUUAUUAAAUAAGUAAAACAAUUGCUAAGUAUUUGGGACUUUGAAAAUGAUCAACCCGUGGUCAUUUAAAAUGUGUUCUUGAAAAAAGUGUAUUUAAUAUAGAGAAGAAACGUCCAAGGUAGUGUUAUAUAGUAGAUAGCCCCAAUUUGAGUAACAUAAAGAGAUGGGUGUUGUAGUGUUGGCUGUAACUGCAUUUCAUGGAGUCUGUCUGAACUUGUUUUCUCAUCUAUAAAAGAAUUGUGCUAAAUAUUUCUUAGGGACCCCUUCCAAUCCACCUUUAACUUCGAAAGGGAAGCCAUCCAGUGGUUUGUUAUAAUGUACUCAUGAUUUGCAAGAAUAGCACGGAAUUUCACUUAUAUUUGUUGAGUUUUUAUAUAUUCAUUACAAUAUUUGGAAGUUCUUUUUUUAAGGACUUUCAAUUUAAAAUGACUUGUCGACUAAUAUAUUUAAUACCACAUGAAUAAAACA